AUGGAAACGUAUCUCGCAUCCCAGCGCGAAAAUAUAUUUUCCGAUGUCGCGGUGCUGGUAUAUGUUUUUGAUAUCGAAUCCCGUGAAGUCGAGCGAGACCUUGACACCUACAGCGCAAUCAUCGGUGCCCUCCAAGAAUUUAGCCCGAACGCCUACGUCUUCUGUCUCAUACAUAAGCUCGAUUUAAUCCAGGCCGAACACCGAAGGCGGAUAUGUGAGGAACGAUCAGCGUUGAUUCGCGCCCGAUCCGGCUCAUUUUCAAUUGAUACCUUUGGCAGCAGUAUCUGGGACCAGUCGCUGUACAAAGCGUGGGCUGGGAUUGUACAUAAACUUAUCCCAAACCUCUCCGUGAUAGAAAGGUUUUUGCAUGCCUUUGCAGCUAAAAUCGACGCCGAAGAGGUGGUGCUCUUUGAAAGAUCGACGUUUCUGACUAUCACCUCUGUCACGUCUGAGGUGGGCAAGCUAAACCCCAUCUACGACCGCCACGAGCGGCUAUCGAACAUCAUGAAGGCGUUCAAACAUUGUGCUGCUAGGAAUACGCAUACAACCCCUGCGUCAGCAAGUUUCCUGGUCAUGCACACAAAGACCCCUCAGUUCAACGUGUUCCUCGGCUUAUUCACAGACAAUACGUACAUUCUUGUUGUGAUACCACCGGGCGAAGCCGCGUACAACUGCGCGGUUAUGAACACUAUGCUGGCUCGUGAGGGGUUUGCCAAAGGCUCAUCAGGAGGCAGUGCUGACGGGUUCCCACUUUCAUAUUCUGAUACCCCGGCUAGCGUACCGAAUGGACAACAGAAUGGACAUGGCUGA